GACGUAACGUGUAUAUUGUGCACAAUGACUAACGGUGAGUGUACCGUACACGGGAUUUAUUAGUCAGCAAAAUAAUAAUAAUAAUAAUAAUAUGGAGCAUCGGCAAAUGGGUGCAACAUUGUCCGGACACGGUGUGUACAUUUUUUUUUUCUUCCCUCGUCCCUCGUAGCAAAACACUGUUUCAGACAUCAGCUGUUGUGAAGCAACGGCGCCGUCGUUUGCCCGGCGUAUUAUUCAACAAACACCGCUUCACGCGCAAGACGCCGUCACCGUUGUCGUCGUCGUCGCGAUUAAUAAUAACGCAACCGCCGUCGUCGCUGCAGCCGCGCCUCGUCGCAAGUAUCGACCGAACGCACAGCUGUUUCACCCCCGUACGGUUAUUUUAUCCACAGGCCGUGUGUCGCGUCCGCGUCCGUUCCACUCGCCAAAAACUCCGGUUGCCGCACGAAUAACGAUAUUAUUAAUACCGACGUCGACGCGUGCGUACGUUCCGCGUCGUCCGAGCGCUUCCGCGUGUUGAAAACAAUCGCAUUACGUUACGCGGUACACGCACGGCAGUGCCGGUAACGCGGUAAUCGUGUCCGGGUAACGGCGGCAACAGCGUAACCGGGGCGGGCGCUGGAGUGCCGAAACUACGCGUACGGUUCGUUUUCCUAUCGGCGCGUUUUGCGCCCGCGCGGCUGUUUGCAGACAAAAUAAUAAUCUUGGGCGAAUAAACGAUGACGAAAUAAUCGCCGUUUCGGUCGGAUUACGCCGGCGCAUAUAUCGCGAUGAAUCCGUGGCGUGCGGACACCACCUCCGGACGGUCGUCGCUGUCGUGCCCGUCCCUGCGUGCACCCCGACAAUAAUACUAUUUAUUAUUAUCGCGCAAUGGAUACCGGAAGAAAGCGGUGAGUGUGUUACUAAUUUUCACUACGAUAAUGUCGAUACGGUAGCGGUAGCUGGUAUUUAGAACCUGGACAUUACAAUAUAAUUGUGUAAAUCGUUACAUCAAACUGACAAUUUUCGUUAUUGAAGGCGGCUGUCUGGUCUCUUCUAUACGAUCCGGGGUGCCGGGUAAAUGGGGGUCUUAUUGACAUGAAAAGAUUCGCCAAUCGCCGUAAACGUAUUAAUUUAUCUCAACCAGUUUUACAUUCAAUGGCCAAAAUUAAGUAGGUUGGGUACCUGCCUACCUACCUCGUUUGAAGUACUGCUGUAGGUUUUGACUCUAUUUUUUAAGAUUUGUUCGUGCUUUAAUAAAUUAUCGAUUACCUAUCAUAUUUUGUUUAACCUCGGUGAUCAUCAUUCAUCACGAUUUAAAUACGUACAGGUUGAUAAGUGUGACUCUCGAUCAUAUCCACGAUUUUGCUUCGCAGGUACACAAUGUCAUUAUGGUUUUCGACAGUUAUUUAGUUCGGACAUCUGGGACCUGGGACAAACUGGAAAUAAGGGGAACCCUUUUCUGUUACUUACCCGUAGAUUCCCUUCGAGUGUUGAAAUGUAAUCGUACGUCGCGUAUUUCAAUAGUCCCAAACGAGGUCGUCUCAUAGCUCAUAACAAUGCGUGCACUACAUUUUUUUUUUCCCAAAGCACGACGCGCUAUUAAAAUAUUAAAAAGUUAAAAACGCUAUAAUUAUACAAGGGAAAUUAAUAUCACUUAUGCAGUCGGGUUUUGUUACCGGGCAAGUUAUUUUUAGGUUAUCUUACGCGUUACACAAAUCUACACUAUAAUUACGGUCUAGAAUGCACUUUGCCGUGCCGAAGCUGGCGGUUCUCAACGUUUUUAUUAUUUUUUUCGACUGUGUUCCUACUUGUUUUGUUUUUCGGUGGAAGUCAUUUAAAAAGAGUUACAGCAAAAACAAAACGUUGGAAGUAAUAACAAAAAGCGAACGGAUGGAUGUAGUGGUUUUGCGUAGCGAGGUUUAGGUUAACAAUCGCAACGACCACACGUUCGCACCACCACAAGAUUUAAAUUGCAAAACUCUGAUUGCAUCAUCGUUCUCGGCGGUUAAAAGUUCACAUUUUGAAAAAAAUUAUUUUUUUUGUAAGCGUUGGUCAAACAAAUGUUGUAAAUUAAAAAAACUUUUUUUCAAACUUCUGAGCGGCGUGGUAAAGUGCAUUUUGCUCUUAAAUACGCAUUUACGCGGUUUUAAUACAUAAAUUGGAUAUACCUACCAUAUCAACAAUCGCGUUUGAUAUCGAAGAAAAACAACAGAAUAUUCAUCAAAUUAAUUUUUAUCGACCGUUGUUUAAAUUCAAUAACAAACGUUUUAUUUUGUUAAUAACAAACGAUACGACAAAUAACACUCGUAAGUGCCUAUCUAGCGAACAUAUUUAAAAUUGAAAGUGAUCACAGGGAAGCUUUUUCGACCAUAUUUGAGAUUCUGAGUGGAACGAGGAAUGUAUUGGUUUAACAAUGAUGUUUUUUUUUUUAUUUUUAUGUGAACACUUUUUUCUGCCAGAAAGCAUACUCCGAUUAUAAAGUAUAACGCAUUUUCUGAAAAGUAAUUUUUUCCGGGUAGUACUUCAAAAAGGUCAUUUUUUUAAAUUCUCAUUAAUAUUCGAGAUAAUGAGGAAAACCUCGGUCUUUAGGUUAAAAAAUAUUUAAAGUUUAAAAAUAAGGUCAUCAUUGGCAACCGUUUUUAUUUAUUUAUUAUUAUAAUUAAGUUUUUAUUAUUUUAAUCUUUUUUAAACAAUCAUUGUUAUCAUGGAAACGCACAUUGUUUUAAUAAUUCUACCAUUAUGUGACAUAACACCAGAUAUUGUACUGUUGACAAAGCAACAUUAUCAACUGAACUCGGCUCAGAAUCGUUUUUUUUUCGUUAGCAAUGGUUUAUCGUUGCUUACAGAUAUACAUUAAAUUCCCGUCUGUAGCCUUCCCAACUUCCCACCUACAUCAGUGGCUGCACCCACUUGCGAAAUACGCCCGUCUUUUUUACCAUUCGCAUAUUAUAGGAAAAAAUAUUUUAAUGAAUCUUAAACGAAAUUGUAUAAUAUCAUUUAUUUAUUUUUUCUAUGGAAACAAUACAAUCAAUAACAGACGAAUUUUUUUAUUUACUUUUUUCUCAAUCAAUACUUUUUAUAAGACAGAGUUUUCAACGAAAUCCCGAGUAUGCUAAUAAAUUAUUGUAUAUCGGCGAUUAUAGUAAUGCUGUUUGUCAAUAAUUUAUUAAAUUUAUUACGCCAAUAACGAUAACGAUGUCGGUAUAAAUAAUUUAAAUAUUACUCCGGCAUAGGUAUCUAUAUUGAACAUUUGGCUUUGAAAUUUUAUCUUCGCUACAAUAUGAAUUUAUUAGGUGAUUAUUAACAGAUAUGUAUACAUAUAAGCUCUUUGUUGGUUAACCAAAUAAUGUAUAAUUGUUUCGUAAACAAAUAAAAGAACCGUAGGCAAACAAAACAUCCGUCAAAUGACAUUUAAAUAAAUAUAAUAUUGUUUUUUCCAAAACGCUAAUAAUUGUGAUUAGCUUUAGCUAUUACUUAUUAUAAAAUUGGUGUUACGUAUUAUUAUUGACCAACCGACUACGUAUGAGAUAGUAAAUUUGUUCGUUUAUUUUGCAUUUGUAUAUAUAAUAUAACAGUUUAGUAAUAAUCGUUUCUGAGAAAUAAAAAAAAAAAAAAAACAUUUAAUCUGUAAUUAACAAAUACCGACGAAGACUAUAUGAAUAUGAAGCAUUACUUAAUAAUUGUUUAAAAGGCCAGUUUUUAUUUAUGAAAUAAAUCCCCCUCUCCGCCUAACGCUGUAAUAUUUUCGUGAAAAAUAUAAACGAACUAAAUGAAACAAUCAUUAUCGCGGCGUCUGUGUUACCUAUCCAACAUUAGAGUAAUUCACAGUGGAUCGUAUUACUAUCGAUUUAAUAUUAUUCUCCACGAAAACGGUUGACGUUAAAAUUAAAGAGAGGGUGGGGGGGGGUUAAUGCUUAACCCGGCCCAAAGAACGAAUGCGAAAUUGAUCGAGAGAUGUGAACAAAAAAAAAGUCCAACUAUACUGUAUAAACUUAUUUUUAGUUAUUUGUCAUCCUACUUUUCACACGUUUCUUCUUGUUGAUUAUUGAAAUACUAUUAUACACAGUAUUACUACUAUAUAAUACUAAAUUUAUGUUUUAUGUUCUCGCUGUUUACCCAUUUAUAUUUUGUUUGCGUUUUAGGAGUUAUUUUUGCGCGCCUAUUUCAAGGGACGUUAAUUUAUCCUCUUUCGGUAUAAUUCGGACGCGUUGUGACACCGAAAAUGACCGAAACAUAUUCGUUUUUACAUCAGGCAAUAUGAUAUUAUCACACUAUAAAGUAUGUUUGAUUUCCGGGUUUCUAUUGAUUCCCCGAGCGUAGCGUUUCGCCGUGAAAGAGUUUUUCAUAACAAUUGGGAAAAACGGUUAACCGUUGCUAACGAAAAACCGAUUCUGUUGAUAGCGUUGCUUUGUCAACAAUACCUAUAUAAUAAACUGUCGUAUUGUAGUAAAAUAAUGUCAUGCGUAUAAAAAAAAAAAUUCGUCUUUAACGACAAUAUUCGUUUAAUACUGCCACACAUCGUCGGGAUACCGCGUAAACGUAGUUCGUGGGGUUUUGUCGAUAAUCCGAACGAUCAACCAGUAACCACCCCAAAUUUUUGUUGUUUCGGCGGUUCAACGAACCGCCGAAACUAUACAUUCGUGGAGACCGGCACGGACGGCUGUUUUGCGGUUCUCGCGGCGGCGUCGUGAAUAACAGAUAAUGCAAUAAUAUAAGAACGACGACGACGACGACGACGGUGAUAAUAAUAAUAAUAAUAAUAAUAUUAUAUUGUAUUAUCGGAGUAUUAUGAUGGCGGAUAGUAUACCUAUCGCGUUUGUCUAUAAAUAAUGAUGUUACACUAUUAUAUUUCAUUAUGUUGCGUACGGUUUCGGUGCCGUUGGCCCAGUUUAUUGUUCCUGCGAACCGAACGGGCCAGCGUGUCUCGCGUAGCUCCUCCUCGUCGCGGCCGCGGGCGUUGCGUCGUCGGCGAUUCGUAACACACGAAAUCGCCACAAGACGUGAUACUAUUUUAUUUAUUAUUAUUAUUAUUUUUUUUUUUUUUUGUUUCGUUUUCCCCCUCGCCGUCAUGCGUCGCCGUCCGUCGGCCCCGAAUGAAAAACGUGACCGCCGUAUAUUGCAGUGUGCGCGUCGCGUAGAGACGGAUUGACGGAUCCACUCGUUAUCAUUAUUCUUUCCGAGAGUCUCCACGCCGUACACGCACUGUAACAAUAUUAAUACGUCCGCAGUGUAAUACGGUUUUUCGGCUUCCUCCAUUAAAAUAUCGCAGUACGUCGACGCCGGUGCGUGCCGAACCGUGAAGGCAAUAUCGUUGUGUAAUAUUAUUUAGUUAGAUGGGUGGGUGCCCAAGUGUGUUAUUAUUUAUUGCCGCGUUGUAAGGCUCGCACGGAAAAUGACUGAGCGAAAACAACGCGGCCGAAAUUGGAGCGACGUGUGCUGCUGUGAUGCUACGACGACGACGACGCAUUUUAAUGGCACCGUUCGAAACAAUACCUAAUUACAAUAAUAUUACAGGGGUUCGAAAACGUUGCGCGAAAAUGAGUCACCACGACAUUACCGAUAAAAUUCGUCGAGCGACGUUUACCCGAUACCCGAGAACGUACGCCUAUCUAUUACCCAUCCGUAAACAGUAACACAAUAUUAAUUCUGUUACUAUUCACCGUAUAAUAUAGGGACGGGUUCUCGCGAAAUUCAAUAACGGCCCGGUUGGGGGCGUAACGCGUUACCGACAAAAGCGGACCUUUCCCUUUUUCCACCAAAACGAUUUCUGUACUACGCCUGUAUUUACAUUAAUUUUUCAUUUGUUUUUUCGGCGGAAACCUGAAAAACAUCUCAUUUUGGUGGAAAAUGGAGAGGUCCACUUUCAGUGAACGCGAUUUUUAAAUUGUUCAUAAUUGUGCAGCACAAUAUUAUUUGUGUUUAGUUGAUAAUUUUGUCAGUGCUGGAAAAUUUAUCUAGUUUAUUUUUGUACUUGACGCGGUCAAUGGUGAAUGGGAUAAAGCUCCUUUAGCAUUUCCCGUCGGUGCACCACUGAAUUACAUUUCAACAUUAAAUGUACCUGAUACAACCCAUUUAUGAAACCAGCCCCAUUACCGAUUCAUAGACCCACCCAGUCCAACCCUGUACUACGUAAUGUGAUCUGUUCAAAAAUUCAGAAAGAACAACCUAAGGAAUUCAAUCCGAAUAAAACGAAAUUUUGACUGUCAAAUGGCACUUUAAAAUCGAAUACCCAAUAACUAAUUAUUUUUAAACAUUCUCAAAACGUACGGGGUUAUUUUAAUUAAACAUAUUUUUUUUUUUUAAUGGAAAGAGUUACACGAUCGAAACUGUUGAAAAUCAAUAUUGAACUACUGGAAAUAGUCAAAAUGUUAAAAGUAGCGGGGCUCAUUUUGAUGGAGAAAACACGAGGGUGUGCAAAACCUUAAAAAAAUAAUGUGAAUUGGGUAGAAAAUAAUUUAACGUACAAUAAUGUAAUGAAAAUAAAUCCAAUCACUAGUAUUGACAAUAAUAUUCUAUAUUUUUCAAAAACAACAGUCUUAGUUCAAUCGACGACAAAAGUCAAAUGUGAAAUCGUAAUGUUGAAAUUUAAUCACUCCAUUGCGAUCGGCAUUGUCCUAUUCUAAUUUCAUGUAUAAACAAACAAAAAUAAAACUAAAUAAUUUGAUGCGAUAAGACACUUUCAGCAUUAAUAUUAUUAUUACUAUUGUUGACCAUAAAGCUAUUUUUAAUUUUAUUACUUUUAUAAAAUACGUUAUUAUACUCGUACAAUUAAUACUAAUUGUCUUAUAAAUGUAUUCUAACCUCUCUACGAGAUGUUUUUUUUUACAAAUAAUGUUUUGAUGUCGCAAGCGCGGGGCCCUAAAAAUGGCUAAAAUUCACCCGGGGUAUAGGGCGCAAUUGUCCCAGUUAACCUACACUGGGGCCGGCCCUGGCGACUGCUCAUUAUCCUACAGUAGGUAUCUACUCAAAAUCUAUACGUAGGUAUGACAUUUGCAAAAAUAAUAUCAUGUACCAGGAGCGGGCAAACUUUUUUCGGUAGAUAUCUACUAAGAAUACAUUUUUCCUUUGAAGAUCGACUUCCUAAAAAAAAUGUAAAAUUAUUAAUUAUACCUAAUAGGUAUUGAUAAUACGGAUGCAAGUACAAAAUGGUAAAACUAACUUUUCAUCGCACUAUUAUUAUUAAGACUAAUAUCAUAAUAUUGUAAACACCAUUGCCAGGCGUUUACGCUGUUGUAUUACCCGGUAAAUGUACAACAAAAUAAAAAUAAUCUAAUAUUAAGAUAAAAAUGAUCAGCAAUACCGUGUUAUUUGUCCACUAAUCGCGUGAAAAAUAAAUUCCGACCAAACGGAGAUCGACAUUCAAUCAUCUGCUGCGAUCUGCCAUCCGUGUACCUAACCGACGCGACAUUCACUAUACACAGUUUCGGUUUGAACUUUUAACAAUUCCUCCCGCUGCGUGCCGUUACGCCGCGAUUUCGUAGGGUUUUUCUAUAAUUGUAUUUGAACGACAAAUUAACGUUUCGAUUGGGCAUAUCAUUGACACUGUAUCCAAUAAUAAUAGCAAUGGUUAUUACAACCGUUAUUAGUGUUGACGAUUUACCACGAACGCGCCGUGGUUUUCACUUCCACUAAAUACGAGAAACAACAACGUUACCUCCCCCCUUUCCGCGCGCGACUGUACACAAUAAACGCGUUCCAAAUGGCCGACAAAAAACCAACAACAAUUAUUAUCAUUCGGAAUACGCGAUACGCACAUGGGCCGUACAGGUUACAGGUAUGCGCUUAUUAGUUAUCACGCACAGACGUGUUUCCACGGUUGUAGCGACGUAGUUAUUAUUGUACCGCCGUUACGCCAACCUCGCGUGUUACCGUUUGAUCAUAUUGAGAUAUCGACGAUAAAUAUUAUUGUUAUUGUUAUUGUUAUUAUUAUUGUUAUUAUUAUUAUCAAUUAAAUAUCGGUGAAUAUUCUGCAAAUUUUUUUUUUUUCCUGACUAUCGCGGAUUCGUAUCCAUAAUAUGUGUUAUUAUUUAGUUCGCGUCGUUUAAACGUUUUGAACCUAACUCGGGGCUAACGCAGCGAAAAAUUUUACCAUCUUCGCCCUUAGAACUGCUGUAAAUCAUUACAAUUGUACAAACGAUUAUUAUCUGAAUAAUUACUUAAAUACAAUUAUUAUAGUGCGGAAAGGAUUUGAACGUUCAACCCUCCCCCCCCCCCCCCCCNCCCCCCCCCGUGGUAUUCGAAACCGACCUAAAUAUACGUUUGUACAUUCUUCUAUUGAAAACAAUGCGCAAUAUAUGAACGAAAUAAUUAGGUGUUAUAGCUGUGCAGUUUCUAUUUUGUGUUUACACUCGUUGCGCGUUUUCAGCGCACGGGAGGUACUCGGGUACCUACAGUGAAUGUAAAAAGUAAUCGUACACUCUACAUUUUUAAAUAAAUAUACAUUUUUCUUCAUGAUAUUCUAUUUUAUACAUAUUAUUCUUUUACGAUUUUUAAUUAAAUUUAAAAAAAAAAACCAUGACAACAGUUAUAUUAAUAAUAAUAAUAAUAAUAAUAAUAAAGAGUUUUAUAAAAAAAAAUGCCUUUAAAUUAUUGUAUAGCCCUAUUUAGUACUUUGUAGGGUAGCCUUUGGAUCUUAUUAUAGCCUCCAACCUCUUAGACAUUGAAUCAACCAGAUGACGUGUUGUUUCUGCUGCGAUUUUAUUCCAUUCCUCUACUAGAGCUUUUUUUUAGAGUUUCCUUACUUGAAUUAUUGUGAUCUCGAAUUUUUCCGUCCAAAUAAUCCCAAAAGUUCUCAAUAGGAUUAAUGUCUGGAGACUGUGGUGGCGUCACAAUUCAGUUACAUUGUUCGACAACCAAGCCUUAACUUUUUUUGCAGUAUGCUUGGUAUCAUUGUCCUGUGUAAAUAUGAAAUAAUCUUUGAUGCCCAUUUUUUCAGCGCUAGCUGCAAGAUUUGUCUUCAAAAUAUUUAAAUAAAUAUAUUGGUUCAUAAUUCCAUCAAUAAUAUGCAAGUUUCCAACACCCUGAGCACUCAUACAUCCCCAAACCAUUACAGAACCUCCUCCGUAUUUCACUGUAAGCUGUAAAUUCUUUAGUUCCAUUUCUGUAUUCGCUUUUCUCCAAACAAAACGUCUUCCAUCAGAGCCAAAAAUAUUAAAUUUACUUUCGUCUGUAAAUAUAACUUUGUUCUAAAAGUUAUCAGAUUGAUGUAAGUUAUCUCUUGCAAAAGCAAANACAAAAUAUUUUCGACGAGCUACUCGUCCAUGGUAAUCACUAUUUUUUAAACAAUUUCUAAUUGUUUUUACACAAACACGUACUCCAGAAAAAUUCACAAGAUCUUGUGCUAUUUUAGAAGCGCUUAUUUUUGGAUUCAAUUUAACUUUUCGUUAAACUAUACGUUUAUCAUGGUCAGAAAGUUUUUUUGGACGACCAGAUUGUUAUUUUCGUGACUUUUCCGCUCACUGUAUCGAUCUAUCACGUCUUUCACAGUGCUAUGAGCUUUGUUGACAAUUUUUGAUAUUUGACGUAAUGAUUGGUAUUGAUUAUACAACCGCAGAAUUAGUUCACGUUCAGUUUUAUUUGUCUCGCAUUUUUUUCGAUUCAUUUUGUGAUAGAUGAUAUUCCAAUAAUAUUUCGAAGCUAACUGAAUUGGUAUAAUCUUGUAACGUGGUCGGGGACAAACUUUUAAUGUGACGUUUUGUAUAUCUUAUCAUUUUCUACUAACAUUAUUGUGAGUAAACAGGUGAUUCCGUAACUAAAAUAAUAGAAGUGUACGAAUAUUUAUUGUUCCUAUUUUAUAUGUAUUGUUUUGUCUGUUAUUGAAUAUUAUUAUUAAUAUAACAUUUGUCGUGGUUUUUUUUUUUUUUUUUUUUUAAUAUAAUUUAAAAUCGUCAAUGGAUAAUAUGCAUGUAUUAAUUUAUCGAUAAAAAUAGAAUAUCAUGAAGAAAAAUGUAUAUUUAUUUAAAAAAAUAGGGUGUACAAAUACUUUUUACACUCACUGUAUAUAAUACGUAUUUAGCAUUCGUGUUGAUCUUCAUUACGAAUUGUACGAGUAGGUGUGUAAUGUAUUUCUUGAGUAGAGGCAUGCGCAAAUGUUCAAAUUAGAACGAGAGGUUUAAAAAAUACGACGAAACAAAUAUUAUUCUAGCUGCAUAUUUAGUAUGUUUUGGAUAAUUUAUUGGCAUAAUGCCGCGGUGACUCGUACUUACAUAAAACGUGUAGGUACCGCCGCUGCAGUAAACCAGCUAUAUUUAGUACUAGGUAUUUAGGUUUUGAGCAUUUUCCACAGAACAAUAUUUUUCAUUUUAAUUAACAAAACUGUGAAAACGAUAUUUGUUUUAAGUAGGUAUAUCCUGUAUAUAGUUAUACAACCGAAUCGGAUAUCUGUAAUAAAAGUACAAAGCUAAAAUAUAAAUUUAAAACGCAGUGUCAUACUAACUGAUGAGAAAGUUUAAAAACUUUUAUAACCUAUGGAUGAAAAUAAUGAAAUAACUCGAAAAGUAUACCCGCCUGUUAUAAAAUACAUUUUAAUAUAGAUUUGUGUUCAAUUUAAUAUACCAAAAGAAAAAAACCAAUGAUGCUAGAUUCUAUUAUAUUGGCACUCCGGUUUAGGGUCUAAAGUAGUUGGUUUUUUUUUUUUUUUUUAAAUUAGAAGGUCAUUUUUAAACGUAAUUAAAAUAUAUGACUUGUAUGAAAUAGUUUUCCUUUUUUUUUUUUUUUUUUUUUUUUUUUUUAAUGUAAAAAUUUCUCAGUUUUAUUCAUACGGUUGGUUGAUUAAAUUAAUAGCACAGUAAUUACACUAAAGAAAAUAAGUAUACGCUCAAGUUCAAUGUAUGCGAGUAUCAAUAUGUAAUUUUGUCAACAGUAUCAUGAUCCCGACCGUAUUAUACGGGAAAUGAAAUACUUCCAAUAUAUCACUAUUAUAUUUAUUGAAAUCAAAUAAAAACUAUUUUUUUAUAAACUUAUCAACUAUAGUGCCAAUGGCGUAUUUAGAAUUUAAAAAUGGAAAGGAGGGAGAGUUGGAGUUUCAUUUAACACGAUAAGUACUUACAGUUUGCUCCUAUUUUAAAUACAAAAAUUUGUUUUCAUUUUAACACAGCAAAAUUGGUGUAAAAUGCGAAAUUCAUAAUAAAUAUUAUAUUAUAUUAUAAUAUGUUUUACUAAAAUAUUGAUAUAUAUAUAUAUAUUAUUGUUAUUAUUAUUUUUUAACCUGUAUGGCAAGGGUGGUUACGCCAUUGAUAUUAACUUUAUUUAAAAAAUGCACAAAAUUAAAAAUAUAUUAAUAGUUUUGGGUUUUUAUUUUUCCAGUUAAAUUCAUUAUAAACCGUGUCAUAAUCUUAUAAUGGCCUGUGUUCCUUGUGGAGAUCCGUGUAGUUCCGUGUCCAAAGAAGACUUGGACCGGUGGACGAAUGGUCUCAAAUACGUGUUGGCCAAUCAGAUAUCUUUAAAAAUGUUUGAAGACUAUUUGCAUACAUGUAAAUUGGAUUCUGUGGACAUUUUGGAACUGUGGAAGAUGUGCAACAGCCUGUUGCGCUACAUGCAUCAUAAAAAAAUCGAAAAGUAGGUAUAAUUGAUUAUUAUUUAUCAUGUAUAUUUUUAAAAAUGUAUACAUAUUUUUUGAAAUUGUAUGUAAAAAAAUUAAUAGAUAGUAUAUUAUUAUGAUUCAUAUAACUUGUGUUUGACUAUAACAGAGAAUCAGUAAAAAUCAGAAAAGAUUAUGACGCCAUAGUCGACUGUGCUACCACUGUGGAGGGACUGACGGAACAUCAAUUACGCCGUUUAAUGGAGACGAAGAAAAGUGAACCAAAGAAAAUUUUAUCUCGAGUCGAGAAGUUAAGACAGACGAUUUGCGAGUUAAUGCAACACGAUUACGAACUGUUCAGGAAAAAACUGUUGAAAGAUCACUGCAAAGUCUUAAAAAAAUAAUCUUAUUUUUAAUAAUUUUAUUUGAAAUGUCUAAAUAUUUUUUUUUUUUAUGAUUAAAUAUUUAAUUGAAGUACAAACAUAUUUAUUUUAAAUUACUUUGUAAUAUUUUAUAAUAUGUUUUCAGUUUGGUACAAAAAUAUUUAAAAAAAAAUGAUAUUAAUAAAAGUAACAAAAUGAAAACUGAAAUACACAAGGGCAUUGUCAUUAUUGUAUUGAUCUAUAUUAUAUAUAUAUAUAUAUAUAUAUAUAUAUAUAUAUACAAGAAAGUUGAAUUGACUGUAAACAAUAAACAUUAUUCUAAUAGUUUGUACAUGUUAAUAUUUACAUUAUCACUAUAAAUUUAGCAGCUUUGAAUUUGUUGACCGGAUGUUCAUUUUUUAUCUAACAAAUCUUUGGCUUCGUUUAUCUUGGCUGCUAUGUAUGGAGAACCCCCUUUAUCCGGAUGAUUGAUCAACAUAAUACGUUUGUGUGCGUCCUG